AUGGAUAAGCAAACAAAAGAAUUAUCUCAAGUUAACUAAAUAGACAAGCUGCACCUAGGAAAUUAUAACUAAUGUUCAAUAGGCUUGACAUGCCGUCCGUUGACUUAAAAUAAUUCCUCUUUUGUAACUUACAAAGAAGAUUUUAAUUGUGAUAUUUUGCUAACAUUGCUUGAAGAUUGUGAAAUAAUGUUUUAUGGGUUAGAUUAAAUUGAAAAACUUGCAUAAGAAUAAGGAAUCACGUAACUGAGAUAUCCUAUUCCUGAUAAUUCUGUACCAAGUAAUGAAGAAGACCUUCAUAAAUUCAUUAAUCAACAACUUUUACCAUAAUUAAAUAAUAAAAAAAACAUAAUAAUCCACUGCUUUGCAGGACUUAAUAGAACUGGAACAAUAGGCGCUUGUGUUUUACUUGAAAUAAAUCCAGAUAUUAAUGACUAAUAAGCGAUUAAAAUAAUAAGAGAUACCAGAAAAGGGUCUAUCUCUCACUCUGGUUAAGAUGAAUUUAUAACAAAAUAUUACUAAUAUCUAUAAAAAUAAAGGCAACAAACAGAAAAUAAAUGA